AUGCCAUUCUUACAGCCACAAAAGCUGCAGAAAUGGAGACGCAAGGGGGCCUACCACACGCCAUCGAUACUAGGCCUCGAGGAAAUCUUGUGCGUACAUCCAGAACAGCAAAUCGACACUACUCACUCUCCGGAUCUACCAAACACCCUUGCUCAAAUGCCAGCUAUUGGCUGCCACUCCCAAAAACCCCAAGAUACGACUCGAGACAGGGACUAUGCUGCAGAGGCCCGCACAGUCAAAGCCUGCACCCGCGGCAGCAUCGCCGGAGACUGUCCAG